GAGUGAGGAAAGUCUAUCGGCACAACAUUCGUGGGGAAAAAAGUUAAUUGUUAACUAAGUUCUGAGUGAACACCGAGUGCCCAACUUUUCGUUUGUUCUUGUAAACCGAAGCGGACACUUCAUUACCAACAUAUUCCAAAGAAGCAUACGGAUUUACAGCGAUCAAGCCCGUGGAAUCGUCAUGCCAAUGAUGAUAUGCGUUAAGACUGUACCAGCGUGUGUUACCCCUGGGAGCGCACAGUCACAGCUUACUAUGGACAGAGAGUUGAGAGACUCCACACUACACCGACUGCGUUACACACUCUCACCGCACACACACACGCAACCCAUGAAGCCUGCCGUGCCUGCAGCGCACACUCACAGAAUGCCGACAAAGCUUGGGACUCCUGGUCACGCUCCCCACCCAGCUGACCAGGCUCCUCUUCAUCCCCGCUACUCCUCCCAUCCAAGCGAACCUGCCUCCCCAUCCUCCUCCUCCUCCUCCUCCACCUCUUCGUCCUCCUCCGUCAGCAAGAACGGGAGUCCCCGGCUGAAGAGGGUGCAGUUUGCGGACUCCGUGGGCCUGCCUCUGACUGAGGUGAGGGUGUUCGCGUGCGAGCCGUCCGUCGAGGCCCUCCAGCGCUGCCCCUUGGCGAUGAAGAGGGCUCAGUGCCCCUUGGCGUCGGGCCUCUGCUCCGGGAGAUGCCCCCUGCACCAGUCCAUGCCCGCGUCCCCGCAGCCUUGCACAGACUACCCAGGGUUCCGAGGAACGGCGAGAGCUCAGGAGCGACCGCUGUUUUCCAUGCACAACGACACCUUGCGCCGGAACGCCACCUUCCAGAAGCCUCUGCCGUAUGGACUACAAAAGGCAGGCCACACACAGGCUAAUGCACACCUGCUUGCCCCAGCACAUGGACCACCUAAGGGAUACACACACACCACAGCACCAACACAGAGCCCAGAACUCACACACGGUACCAUGCGCAUACAGAACCUAGAACUCACACACGGUACCAUGCGCACACAGAGCCCAGAACUCACACACAGUUCCAUGCGCACACAGAGCCCAGAACUCACACACGCUACCAUGCGUACACAGAACCCAGAGCUCACACACGGUACCAUGCGCACACAGAACCUAGAACUCACACACGGUACCAUGCGCACACAGAACCCAGAGCUCACACACGCUACCAUGCGCACACAGAACCAAGAGCUCACACACGGUACCAUGCGCACACAUAACCAAGAGCUCACACGCGGUACCAUGCGCACACAGAACCUAGAACUCACAAACAGUUCCAUGCGCACACAGAACCCAGAACUCACACACGGUACCAUGCGCACACAGACAUCAGAGCACACGCACCCUGCAACACACACGAUGCUCAAAGCGCACCCACAACAGCCCCUCACACACACACUCCCUAAAGGACUCACUCACACACACACACACGCACACACACACACUCACUCUCCGCCCAUGUGCCGUCGUCCCCCCAGCUGUGGUCACUCCGUCAUGGCGUCUCGGCAGCAGCCGGUUUCUUGGCAGCGCAGCCGGUCACCCCUGCCCCCGCCGGACUCUCCUCCCCGCGUCCACAAGCUCCCGGGGCAGAGCUGGUCAUGGCAGAAGGGCAUGGCUGUCCACUGACGAGCGAGCCGACCCACACGCUAUGCCCGCGUGUCAGUACCAGCUGGACCCAGACCAGUUCAAGAUCGGACGUUGUCUCCCGCCAAUCAUGCGGAUACAGUGUGUGCACUGACACAGGGUCUGUGUGAGGGACAGUUGGGGUAGACGACCUUACGUUGUGUGUAACUUUGGGUGCACGGUUGGCUUGGAACUACUUCAGAGGGAGAGACUGGUCCUCUAGCCACAAAGUUUCUUUCACGCGGACCGUGUCACGUCUGAAACCCGGGGGAGAAUGAAACUCUGAACUGUUCCUAAAGAACAGUUCCUAAAGAGCAGUUCAGCCCUGUCGCGAACUGUUCCUAAUGAGGCUCCAGUAAGCUGUUUCAGAGCAGGUUCACCUCUUCUGAACUUCAGGCAGAGCUGUCCCUGCCCUGUUUCCCAGGCCUGCUCAGAUCUGUGUUACAUAACUUGAUUGGCCUUGUUUUGAAAUGCGGAAACUUUGCCACUCAAACAAACACACACACUGCAGCUACCGCUCGCACUGGGUGGUAGCGAUGUGUGUGUGUGUGUGUGUGAGAGAGAGAGAGAGACAGAAUGUUUUAGUAUAAUGCACUAUCCCAACCAACAGUGUUAAGUGCGUGUGUGUGUGAGAGAGAGAGAGAGAGAGAGAGAGAGAGAGCUGUAGUUGUACUAUAGAUACUGUACAUAUUAUGUAUUUUUCAACACAGUACAGCAGUGUGAUGAUUUAAUGUGUGUCUUGUUAACUAUUUAAUGUAUUUAUAAUUUAUAUGUUAUUUUUAUUUGGAUUGCACUGCAUUUUUUAGGAACAACUGCUUUGUUUCAACUGCACAGAAAGUCAUUUGCUCAACUGAAUGUGAAACACUUGUGAAUAAACAUGUGAAAAGGUCA